AAAGAGAAGACAGUUAGAACUAAAGAUAAAAAAAAAUCAAAAAACAAAGAAUCAUACAUACCACAAGAUCAAGAGAAGCUGGAAAGAACCACACAAAAGAAUGAGAAGAAAAUCUUACAAAUGACAGAAAGAGAAGACAGUUAG